CAGCGUUGGAGUUUGCCUAUUACCGUUACGUUUGUCUUUUCCACGACGCCGUAGUUGUGGAUUUGUUUUGGAGACCGAGAGCAAGCAACUCUAUAUUUAACGCGAAUAGCUUGCAUGCUAUCGUCCGUGGAAACGCGAAUAAACUCUGAUCUAACUUAGCUGCUUUAUCUAAAGGCUGAUUGACAAACAGCACAACGGGCAUAUAUUCCAUUUACAGGUCGUCUGGACACUGUAAAUGAAAGCGGAAACGGAUCAUCAUGUCAUUUAGAGAUUUAAGGAAUUUCACCGAAAUGAUGCGGGCCCUGGGAUAUCCUCGACUGAUAUCCAUGGAAAAUUUUCGAUCGCCCAACUUCACCCUGGUGGCUGAGAUCCUGGUCUGGUUGGUGAAAAGAUAUGAGCCGCAGAUGGAUAUUCCCAGUGAUGUCGAUUCAGAAUCUGACCGGGUUUUCUUCAUUAAAGCCGUUGCUCAAUUCAUGGCUACAAAAGCUCACAUCAAGUUGAAUACCAAGCGGCUGUACCAGGCAGAUGGCUAUGCAGUGAAGGAGAUGCUGAAGAUAACCUCUGUGUUGUACAGUGCCAUGAAGACCAAGGAAAUGGCCUCAGGGGACAAGCUUGAGGAGGACAGCAGCAAGUUCAAGUUUGACCUUGGAUCUAAGAUUGCUGACUUGAAAGCAGCAAGACAGUUGGCAUCAGAGAUCACAUCGAAAGGAGCCACACUAUAUGACCUGCUGGGGAAGGAGGUGGACCUUAGGGAAAUGAGGACCGCUGCCAUCGCAAGACCCCUGGAGAUCAAUGAGACGGAGAAAGCUUUGAGAGCGGCCAUCAAGGAUGUCCUGGAAAAUGUCCAGAGGACAACUGAUAUGUUGAACAACGUGUCAUUGGAUGAAUCCAGCCUCGAGGCUAAGAUUGAUAAGAAGAAGCAGGAGUUGGAGAGAAACCAGAAGCGCCUGCAGACACUACAGAGUGUGCGGCCUGCGUUCAUGGACGAGUACGAGAAGAUCGAGGAGGACCUGCAGAGGCAGUAUGAGAUCUAUGUGGAGAAGUUCCGCAACCUGAGUUUCCUCGAGCAGCAGCUGGAGGACUACCACAGGCUGGAGCAGGAGAGGUUUGAGGAAGCAGAGAACAGCCUGAGAAUGAUGCAGCACAAGCUGAGGGAGGAAGAGAGGUGCCUGGUGAAGAGUGGAGCGGCGAAAGAUGAAGAUUCAGACAUGGACAUCCCGGAGGAUGAGGGCUCAGACAGUGACAUUGAGGAACACAGACCCUCUAAACCACGACCAGGCAGGAACGGCCCCAUGGCAGGAAGAGCUCGGUUUGUGGGUACAAUGCAUGGAGACAGUGAAGAGGAGGAUUCUGAGGACAGCGAAAUAGAUGUGGAUGAGGAUGACGAGGAUGAGGAAGGGGAGGAGGAAGAGAACGAGGAUUUGGAGGGUAACGACAGUCUGGAGGUGCCAGCACCAAAGCCCUCCCGGCCACCCCGUGGAGGCCACCGCCCUGAACCGCUGGAGGAGAGUGACAAUGACUUCUGAGACUUCUCUACUUUAUCCUCAAGCACGCGAACACGAACACUGCAAAACAGUCAUUUAACUACUGUCGAGUCAACACAAACGUUCAAUACAAAUGUAUGCUCUGACGAAAACUCCUUUUGACUGUGAGAAGCUUGCAUCAAUAGAACAUAAAUUGAAGCACAUUAUGUGAACAUGCUUGCAUAUGUAUGCGUAUGUUCACUUCAGAUACAAUAAAGGUUUACAGUUCUUCCAUGCUGUGAGGCUGUAGGGCACAACUUAUCAAGAGAUCACACCUAUGUGCAUAAGGGAGUGGACCAAGUAUGACAAAGUGACACAAGUGUCAUACAAAUCUAAACGUUAAAUGUAGUGGUCUCGUGAGCCCUGAUACAGUGUAGUCCGUACUGUAUAAAUGAAAAGACAAUGGGGGCAUAGUGAGUUUGGCGAUACAAUUGCCUUUAUUUUUGUGUUGGAUUUAAGGGUUGCAUCCAGAUGUACUCUCUGUAAUGCAGUUAUGCAGUUAUUGCAUUAAAAAUGUUACUGCUUU